AUGGACUUCUCUCUCGGCCUACGCUUGGGGCCUCGGAACAAGAAGGCUACCCACCAACAGCCCCCUCCACCCUCUGGGCACGGCCCACCAGCUGCCUCUCCUUGUCUGUCCUGUCCCCCCUCCGCCUGUUUUUGCCCCUGCCCUAGCUGUCCUCCUCCCACCUGCUCCUGCACUGCGUAUCCCUCUUAUGCAGCCACCUGCCCCUCCUGUCCCGGCCUCCCUGGCCCACCCUGUACCUGCCCCUGCCCUCCCUGCCCUGCCUGCCCGCCCUUGACUUGUCCCCACAGCUGCUGCAUCCCAUGCACUGGUCCACACUUGACCUGCUGCCAUCCCUCAUCUUGCCCGAUUUCCCCUUGCUCCAAAGGCCGAGCUGCCUGUCCAAGUUCCUGCUUGGACGGCAGCAACAGCUGUGGCUGUGGCCGAGGGGCUCCUCCAGGCUCCACUGGCCGCUGCUUCAGGGGACAACGCCCCUCUCAGAGGCACUGUCUGAUAGUCUAGCUGGGCUGU